UGCUUGUCAUGUGAUUUAUAAAAAUGAAGCAAUCGUACUUAUUCUUGAUUGUCAGCAUAGUCUUUGUCGGAUUUUCGACUGGUAAAGUAAGAUUUCCUCAUCGGCAUCGUUAUAAACAAGCUGCACAGAGCAACUACACUUAUGUCACCGAAUAUUUUGUUCAAAAGGUUGACCAUUUUGGUUUUGAAAAUGAUGAUACAUACAAGCAACGGUACCUGAUAGCGGACCAAUAUUGGAACAAGAAUGGUGGGCCAAUAUUUUUUUACACUGGGAAUGAAGGGGACAUUGCUUGGUUCUGUAAUAAUACAGGCUUUAUGUGGGACAUAGCUGGUGAAUUCAAUGCAUUGUUGGUGUUUGCAGAACACAGAUAUUAUGGUGAAUCCAUUCCAUAUGGGCCUGAUGCUUAUAAAUCACCAAAACACAUGAAUUAUUUAACAUCAGAACAAGCGUUGGCAGAUUUUGUAGUACUCAUCAAGAAUUUAAAACAGACUAUACCUGGUGCACAGAACAGCUUAGUUGUGGCAUUUGGGGGCUCUUAUGGGGGAAUGCUUUCUGCCUGGCUGAGAAUUAAAUAUCCAAAUGUUGUUGUAGGAGCACUGGCUGCAUCUGCACCAAUCUGGCAAUUCACAGGUUUAACACCAUGUGAGGCAUUCAACAAAGUUAUAGCCAAUGUGUUUACAUCAGUGAACAGAGAAUGUUUCGAAAAUAUACAAAAAUCGUGGGAGAUUAUUUCAACAGUAGCUCAGACAGGGGAAGGUAGAGAUUUUAUCAGCACAACAUUCAAGUUAUGUAAACCACUAGCACACAGCUCUGAUGUGGACAAUUUUAAAGCCUGGCUGACUAAUGCCUGGACUGACCUGUCCAUGGUCAACUAUCCAUACCCUGCUAAUUUCCUUGAACCUCUUCCAGCAUGGCCAGUUAAGGCAGUUUGCAGUAAGUUGACUCUGCCAGUGGAAGGUAAGCAGCUAUUGUCAGAUCUAUCAGAAGCUGUAAAGAUAUAUUUCAACUACAGUGGUCAGGCUAGCUGUCUAAAUACCACACAACAAGCCACAUCUGACCUGGGAGAUCUAGGAUGGGAUUAUCAA